AUGGAACUUGUGAAGAAGACAGAUGACCAGGGAAAUAUCAUUAUAUUCAAGCGUUACCAUGGUCGAGCCUUCCAUAAAGAAAUUCCUGGUAAUGUGGGUGAUCACCUAGAGAAACAGGUGACUUUACCGUUUAGGCCCGAUGAUGUUUUACUCUGUACAUUUCUUAAAUCAGGUACUCACUGGGUGUUCAAUAUCACCAGAAUGAUACAGAUGAAAACACUACAAUACAAAUCUCAUAUGGCGAUGGUUGAAUAUGAAGAUAUAGGGAUACUCGAUAAUGUUAAGUCCCCAAGGUUAUUUGCUACACAUCUUACGUAUCCCUUCAUCCCUAAAGCGGCCAAGGAAGGACAAAUUAAACUGAUUUACGUCCUUCGGAAUCCAAAGGACGUCGUUUGCUCAUUCUACACAUAUUUAAGUCAACUUAGAAACUCGAGCUAUAUCGGCAACUUCGACGGAUUUCUAAAAGCCUUCCUAACUGAAGAAAUAAUAUCGUGUGGCGGAUCCUGGUUUACACAUACGAGGGAAUGGAACUCCGCCAUUUGUGAGAAUCCGGAUUUGAAGAUUUUGAUUCUGAGAUAUGAAUGCCUGAAAAAGAACCUGUAUCCGAAUCUGGUGAAAAUAGCAAACUUUUUGGAGGUCAAUCACGACGAAACUUUCCUCAGAAAAGUGGAACAUGCUGUAUCUUUUGAAAACCUAAAGAAGGAACACGCAACAAAAGCAGGCGAAAAUAAAGUAUAUGAACAUCGUGCCGAUAAAGGAAGGUUGCCAGUUUACAACAAAGGAAUUGUUGGUAAUUGGAAGAAUGUGUUCACUGUGACACAAAAUGAAGCGUUUGAUGUCGUAUACAAGGAAAAGAUGUGUGACAUGGGAGUCAACCUUGAGUUCGACUAUGAGUGA